AUGGCGUACCUUCGGAACAAGUCGAUGGAGUUCCUCAAGCGGUUCGAGGUGCCGGCCAAGAACCCGUCGGAGGACGCGCAGCGCCGGUGGCGGGAGGCCGUCGGCACGCUCGUCAAGAACCGCCGCCGCCGCUUCCGCAUGGUCCCCGACCUCGACAAGCGAUCGGAGGUCGAGACGCAGCGCCGCAACAUCCAGGAGAAGCUUCGUGUUGCACUCUACGUGCAGAAGGCUGCGCUGCAGUUCAUCGAUGUCCUAACAAUGUCGAUGGUGGCUGUGGAAUCAUGUGUAGCCGCCCGCAAGACGGAGCACCCGUUGCCGGAGAUGGCGCGGCAAUGCGGCUUCUCCGUGAGCGCGGAGGAGCUGGCCACCGUGGUUCGCAACCACGACGGCAAGAGCCUGAGGCACCACAGGGGCGUCGACGGCAUCGCGCGGAAGGUGAACGUCUCCCUCGCCGACGGCGUCAAGUCGGACGAGGCGGGCGUCCGGGCGGAGGUCUACGGCGCCAACAAGUACACCGAGAAGCCGCCGAGGACGUUCUGGAUGUUCCUGUGGGACGCCAGCCAGGACAUGACGCUCCUGCUGCUCGCCUUCUGCGCGUUCAUCUCCGUCGUCAUCGGGCUCGCCACCGAGGGGUGGGCCAGCGGGAUGUACAACGGCCUCGGCAUCAUGCUCACCAUCUUCCUCGUGGUCAUGAUCACCGCGGCCAGCGACUACAAGGAGAAGAAGAAGAUCGACAUGCAGGUCACCCGCGACGGCUACCGCCAGAAGGUGUCCAUCUACGACAUCAUCGUCGGGGACAUCGUCCACCUAUCCAUCGGCGACCAGGUGACGGCGGACGGCCUGUACAUCGACGGCUACUCGCUUGUGGUCGAUGAGUCGAGCCUGUCCAGCGAGAGCGAGCCAGUGCACCCAUCCAGCGCCAACCCGUUCCUGCUCGGCGGGACCAAGGUGCAGGAAGGCUCAGCGCGGAUGCUGGUCACCGCGGUCGGGAUGCGCACGGAGUGGGGGAACCUGAUGGAGACGCUAAGCCAGGGCGGCGAGGACGAGACGCCGCUCCAGGUCAAGCUCAACGGCGUGGCCACCAUCAUCGGCAAGAUCGGGCUUGCGUUCGCGGUGCUCACGUUCACCGUGCUCAUGGCGCGGUUCCUGGUGGGCAAGGCGAACGCGCCCGGCGGGCUGCUGCGGUGGAGGGGAGAGGAUGCGCUCUCGGUGCUCAACUUCUUCGCCGUCGCCGUCACCAUCGUCGUCGUCGCCGUGCCCGAGGGGCUGCCGCUCGCCGUCACGCUCAGCCUGGCGUUCGCCAUGAAGAAGCUCAUGCAGGAGCGCGCGCUCGUCAGGCACCUCUCGGCGUGCGAGACCAUGGGAUCGGCGAGCUGCAUCUGCACGGACAAGACCGGCACGCUCACCACGAACCACAUGGUCGUCGAGAAGGUCUGGGCGUCCGGGGCGGCGCAGACGGUGAGCACCGCCAAGGGCUUCGACGAGCUCCGGUCGUCGGUGUCGGAGAACUUCACGCGGGUGCUGCUCGAGGGCGUCUUCCACUGCUCCGGCUCGGAGGUCGUCACGAGCAAGGACGGAAGGACUAGCGUCAUGGGCACGCCCACCGAGACGGCCAUCCUUGAGUUCGGCCUCGAGGUGGAGAAGUACACCAAGGUGGAGCACGCCGGCGCCAAGAAGCUCAAGGUGGAGCCAUUCAACUCGGUAAAGAAGACGAUGGCCGUGGUCAUCGCGUCCCCGAACGCCGCCGGCCACCCGCGCGCGUUCCUCAAGGGCGCGUCCGAGGUGGUCCUGAGCCGGUGCAGCUCCGUCAUCGACGGCACUGGCAGCGUGGAGAAGCUCACGGACGCGAAGGCGAAGCGCGUGGCCAGCGCCAUCGAUGCGUUUGCGUGCGAGGCGCUGCGCACGCUCUGCCUGGCGUACCAGGACGUCGGCGGCGCCAGCGACGUCCCUGGCGACGGGUACACGCUCAUCACGGUGUUCGGCAUCAAGGACCCGCUCCGUUCUGGCGUGAGGGAGGCCGUGAAGACAUGCCAUGACGCGGGCAUCAACGUCCGCAUGGUCACCGGCGACAACAUCAACACUGCUAAGGCGAUCGCGAGGGAGUGCGGCAUCCUCACCGACGACGGCAUCGCCAUCGAGGGCCCCGAGUUCCGGGCCAAGAGCCCCAACGAGAUGAGAGAGCUCAUACCCAAAAUCCAGGCACGUACAGCUACAUUGUCGUCUUCUCCGAAGAGCGAGUUUUUUUGCAUGGUGAUGGCUCGGUCGUUGCCACUGGACAAGCACACGCUGGUGACGAACCUGAGGGGCAUGUUCAACGAGGUGGUGGCGGUGACCGGCGACGGCACCAACGACGCGCCGGCGUUGCACGAGGCUGACAUCGGCCUCGCCAUGGGCAUUGCAGGAACAGAGGUCGCCAAGGAGAACGCCGACGUGAUCAUCAUGGACGACAACUUCUCGACCAUCAUCAACGUCGCCAAAUGGGGCCGGUCGGUCUACAUCAACAUCCAGAAGUUCGUGCAGUUCCAGCUCACGGUGAACGUCGUCGCCCUGAUGGUGAACUUCGUCUCUGCAUCCUUCACAGGAAGCGCCCCUCUGACCAUCGUGCAACUGCUGUGGGUGAACCUGAUCAUGGACACCCUGGGCGCCCUGGCGCUGGCGACGGAGCCCCCGAACGACACGAUGAUGCAGCGGCCGCCGGUCGGCCGAGGCGACAACUUCAUCACCAAGGUGAUGUGGCGGAACAUCGUCGGCCAGAGCAUCUACCAGCUCGCCGUGCUCGGCGUCCUCAUCUUCAAGGGCAAGAGCCUCCUCCGGCUGAACGGCGUCGGCAAUCUAUCCGACACCCAGCUCAACACGUUCAUAUUCAACACCUUCGUGUUCUGCCAGGUGUUCAACGAGGUGAACAGCCGGGAGAUGGAGAAGAUCAACGUGUUCAGCGGCAUCUUCAGCAGCUGGAUCUUCUCGGCGGUCGCUGGCGCCACCGCCGCGUUCCAGGUGAUCAUCGUGGAGCUCCUGGGGACUUUCGCGAGCACGGUGCACCUCAGCGGGAGGCUCUGGCUCGCCAGCGUGCUCAUCGGCUCGGUCAGCCUGGUGAUCGGCGCCGUCCUGAAGCUCAUCCCUGUCGAUUCCGGCAGUGGUGUCUCGUCUGACCGCCACGAUGGGUACCAGCCCAUCCCCACCGGCCCCAACGCCGUGUGA